AUGGCAAGGGUACCGUUCUAUCGCCUUAAAAAUGGUCUGGAAAUUCGUAGAAUUUUAAACGGAAUGUGGCAAGUUUCUGGUAGUCAUGGACCGAUUAAUCCAAACAAGGCCUCUCGAGAGAUGUUCAAGUAUUUUGAUGCGGGUUUGACAAGUUUUGAUAUGGCUGAUAUAUAUGGGCCUGCUGAGGACAUCUUUGGCGAUUUUCUAGAGCAUUUAAAAGCUGAACGAGGAGAGGAAUCUGCCGGAAAAGUGCAAGGUAAGCGUUCGGCUUGUGGAUUGGUAGGAUAUACAUUCAAUUUGUACGCCUGGUAAUGAAACAGUGGGGACAUCGCGUUCCAUGACCAUUAGCCGAAUACACCUCAAAAGCUUCCUGUGAUGAUGCUUUAAUUGUCACUGAAAUCGAAUUCUAGCUUUCGAGAAGUUAACAAUUCAUAAAUGCCUGAAUUCAAUUUAAAAUUUUGAUUUUCUAUGGUUUUCCUCAACUAGAACUAACGAUAUUUUAGACUUGUUCUGUAGUGGUUACUCACGGUUGUGGAUGACACAUUAUGAAAGUGAAAUUUUUUGCAUCUUUUUCUCUUAAAUUGUUUCAAGCAUUGACAUCGUGAAUUACCCUUGCAGAUGCUCGUAAGAAGGGCAAUGGCUGAAACUUAUAACGUUUACCAAACACAACUUUUCCAGGUGAACAGAAUGUAGAGGAAUGAUUGGAUAUCGUCUUGAACAGGCCCGAGGCUUUAAGUCCUUCGUGGCUCACACCCAGAACCCCUCCCUUUCCAAGAUCACACUAUUAAUUCUUUGCACUGUCCUCCAUUUCCUAUGAUGUUAACGUUGAGAAUUUUUUUCUGAAUCAAACUGUAUCUCCUAAUUAAAGUAUUUUUUCUUCCUAUUAGUACUCUUCUACCUGAAAUGUAUUGAUACUGUAAAAGGAACUUUUUUUUGGUCACUCUAAGGAGUGAAAGGGUUAGAUGGCCCCUUCUCCGGCUGGGAUGUAGGAUCAUAGUUGCCAAAAUUCCGGCAUAUUUGAGCCAAACAAAAUUUAACCCUUCCCAGGCUUGGAAAGAUUUUCCCUCCUAGCUUAUUAAUUGAUUCUCAAUUUAGGAAAUCCAACUAUCUUUGUUAAUGUAAUCAAUAGCACUAACAAAAUGGGUGCCACAGCCGGGACCAGUCACAAGAGAGAUAACCAAAGGACGUGUUCGCCUCGCCAUGAAAAGAAUGGGUGUUGACAAGCUUGAUAUGCUACAGUUCCACUGGUGGGAUUACUCUGACAAUAGAUACCUUGAUGCACUGACUUACCUCAAUGAACUGCAAGUUGAAGGUCUCAUUGGAGAGAUUGCAUUAACCAAUUUUGACACCCAACACCUGAUGGAAAUCUUAAAAAGGGGAAUCUCCAUCUCAACCAAUCAAGUGCAAUAUUCUAUCAUUGACCGUCGCCCUGAGGUGAAAAUGGUCGAACUUUGUCAGGCACAUGGGAUAAAGCUUUUAGCUUAUGGCACGUUAGGUGGUGGAUUGAUAUCUGAUCGAUAUCUGAACCAAAAAGAGCCAGUUCGAAGAUCUGAUCUCCAAACAGCUUCUCUUGCAAAGUAUAAGCACAUGAUCGAUGCAUGGGGGAGUUGGGAGCUGUUUCAAGAACUCUUAUCAAAUUUGUCUGAUGUUGCACAGGCUCAUAACUGCACCAUAGCUAAUGUUGCUUGUCGUUAUAUUUUAGACAAGCCAGAAGUUGCUGGCAUCAUAAUUGGCUGUAGGUUUGGUGUAGCAGGAGCUGAGCAUAUUGAGGAAAAUUUAAAACUUCUUGACUUGGAACUCACUCCAGAGGAUAUCCAGAAAAUUGAACAAACUCUUAGUAAAGGAAAUGACUUGUUUGAGACUACUGGUGACUGUGGAGAUGAGUACAGAUAGUAUGGGUCUAUGUGUGUUUUUCCUGACAAGGUAGGAUACAGAAUUGUCAUUACUUUGUGAUCAGCAAGAGAGUGAUGAUUGUAAUGAUUUUGAAGUCAAAAUAGUUUUAAGCAAUUAUCUUUGGGACAAUUUUUAAGAGAUUCACUCUUUCCUAUAUGUCAAUGUUGGUAACAAGUAAACUAGAUGUCAUGAAUACAGUUUAAUAUUAAGAGGGAAGCAUGGUGUUUCAACAAAAUUUUAAAAAGUUACCUGUGGAGUGUGAUGAAGUGGUGUCACUUUUAGUUGUAAACAUGUUGUUAGUAGUCCCAUUUCAAAUGAAAACAUGUACAUGCCUCACUAAGUUCCACUAAACAAUGUUUGACCCUUGUAACAGCACAAGCAUUUUCAUUUCAACUAAAAAAAUAUUACUCAUUUACAGAGCAGCAGCAGCAGUAGUGGUAAAAGUAGUGGUUGUAGUAGUUGUUUAUUAAGUAGUAGUAGGUUGAAACUAAAAAGGUAAAGAGUUGAAUUAACUAAUUAAGAUAGAAAAGUACAAACACAAAAUGAACAGUAAUGGAACAAAAUUGGAAAAAUACUUACAUUGAUAAUGCCUAAUAUAUUACUGCAAAAUCGAAUACCUUGAAGGUUUCCAAACAGAGAACUGUGCCAAGCAUGACUUAAAGGUAAACUGACUUUAAAAAAGUGAUCAUGCAUUAAAGAAACUGGCUUUAAAUACAAGAGGACCAUGAAAUAACCUGCAGUAUGAAAAGUUAUGAAAAGGUGUAACUGACAAACCUCAACAAACCUAACGACCCUCAACAAAAAUCACCAAGAAGGAGGUAUGAAAAACGAAAGGACAAAAUAAAGAAAUAUGAAUUACACAAAAAGUAAUUAGCAAUUGCCUAGAUCUUACAGCCAUUAUUUUCAUGCUACUAUUUAAGAUCUUACCUUUAAUUUUUGUGAAGAUAAAAUCCUUAGUAAAUCUCCACUAGAUAAUGAAAUGAAAUACAAUAGUCAUGCAAUUAUGCUUUUUAAUACUGGUGGUUUAGAUACCUCUUACCAAUCAAGUUGAGGUCUGUACUGUAAGAUACAGACCCGGACCCAGAUGUCCACUCCACUUGCAAUAAAUACCCAGUAUUGGCCAGUAUACAUUGCAUGCCUCUGAUUUUGUCCUGGUUUCACAAGAGCGAGGCUUGUUUUGUUUUCUAUAAGCUUGUGGAGUAGUCACCAUCAAGUUAAUGGCCACUGAUGGCCAAUUCUGUGUGCAAUGCAUACUGGUCAAAAUGGGUCUUUAAAUGUCCCAAUUGCACAGGUGAGAAAACUUUCUCCAUUACUUAGAGAUGGAGAAAAUGAGAUUAGUAAGCUAUACAAUAUCUUUGGGUUCAUAGAGAAGGAGAGGAUCUCAAUUCAAACAAACUUUUGAAUUUAGCAGGCUGUACAGUAAAAUACAGCCCACUAAAUUGACCAAUCAAAGUGCAUGUAUCAACUGAGAAAUGUAAUAAAGGUAAAGUAAAGGUUGCUUUUCAUGGGAUAAACCAUAAGUUAUUAAAUAUUAGUGAAACAAACAUUUACCAAUUUUAGAAUUCAAAUAGUGCACUUUAUUUUCUGUAGACUGUUCAUCAUUCAUGGAAAUCUUCUAGCACAUGAUCAAGUGCACACCACUAAAAAACUCCAAAUUUAAAAUUGAGUGUUUCCAGACCUUCUACUUGUAGUUUACUUAAAUAAGUUGUAAAUAAAUUUUCACACAGUCUAUACCUGAGGAUAACCUCUGUGCAAAAUUACAGACCUCCUAAAUAGUGGUGCAAAAUGAAGGGAAUAAAAAAUUAUUACAAAAAUAACAAAAAGUUUAUUUUCAUUAGAGUGACCUGUAACAUGUCUCACAGGAACUGACUUUCAAGCACUUUGGCUACAAACACUCACCUCUCUACAAGACUGGGUUUCGUUGUGGCAUAUGACUCUACUGACAACCCUUGCUGCUAUUGUUAAAACAUAUAAUCUUUGUUUCCCACUAGUCAGUUUAGGUAAUGAGCAAAAUUGGAUAACCCAAAGAAACUAGAUAUUGAGAAGAACUGGGCCAGGGGAGUAGAUUGAUCCAGGAAAACCUGAGAGGCAUGCAGCUUCUUUCUUUUUGCAAAAUGCAACAAUGAAAACCGAAACAUAAAUGCACAAACUCAAGCAAUAUUAGUUACAAUUAUAGAGUUCAUUUUGACGCCAUACUCAUGUUAUGGAUGUUUCUCAAUGCUUACUGAAUUAAGUUUAUGUCUUUUUUCAUUCCAGGAAUAUAUAAAUCGAUAUGUCACCUUCUGGUUGGUUAGUGAUUAAAAGUUAUUAAUAUACAGACUUCAACUGACUUAA